ACAGCAAGCAGAGGCUGGGGAAAAAAAGAGCAAAGAAGAAGAAAACAAAAGCUGCCAGUUAUGGAAGAGAUAGAGGGAUCUGGAUUGAAGAGAUUUUGCUCUAAAAAUAUAUUGGUCAUCCUUGGCUUCACUUUUAUCAUGGCUGUGAUUGCUUUAAUUACUGUGGGACUGACCCAGAACAGACCAUUGCCAGAAAAUCUUAAGUAUGGGAUUGUGCUGGAUGCAGGCUCUUCUCACACAAGUCUGUACAUCUAUUCAUGGCCAGCGGAAAAGGAGAAUAACACAGGGGUGGUACAUCAGAUAGAUGAAUGCAGAGUAAAAGGUCCUGGAAUCUCAUCCUAUGCUUCAAAACUAAAUGAAAUUGACAAAUCUCUGGAGGAAUGUAUGGAAAGAGCCAGAAGUGUGAUUCCACAGUCCCAGCAUGAAGAGACACCUGUUCACCUCGGAGCCACAGCAGGCAUGCGGUUGCUCAGAAUGAAAGAUAAGUGGAUGUCAAACAGGGUCAUGGAUACAGUGAUAAAUAGCCUCAACAAGUACCCCUUUGACUUCCAGGGCGCCAAAAUCAUCUCUGGCAGAGAUGAAGGUGCCUUUGGCUGGGUUACUAUCAACUAUAUGCUGGGAAAAUUCACUCAGACAUUGAGUUGGUUCAACCUGAAUCUAAAGGGAAACACUAUUCCUACAACUUAUGGAGCCUUGGACCUUGGGGGAGCCUCUACACAAAUAACUUUUGUGCAUAACCAGCCAUUUGAACUACCUGCAGAAAACCGUGUGCACUUCCAACUCUAUGGCAAAACGUAUAUUUUAUUUACACACAGUUUCUUGUGUUAUGGGAAGGACCAAGCACUCUUGAAGAAACUGUCCUUUGAUGCUAAGAAAUCAAGAGGACUCCUCAAGGACCCAUGUUUUCACCCUGGAUAUAAGAGGGUAAUGGCACUAAUGGAAUUUUUUGAGAGCCCCUGCACUGAGAGAGUGAGGUUACUUGGAAAGGACUUUCUUGAAAUACGUGGCACUGGAAACUAUCAACUUUGCAAGAAAAACAUAGAAAAUCGACUCUUCAGGAACAGUACCUGCAUUUACACCCAGUGUGCCUUCAAUGGGACUUUCUUACCACCAAUCAAAGGACAUUUUGGGGCAUUUUCAGCUUAUUAUUAUGUGAUGGACUUCUUAAACUUUACAUCAGAAGAACUCCCCUCUGAGAAUGAGGUGACUCAGAUUAUGAAUACGUUCUGUGCUCUGCCUUGGGACAAGGUGAAAGGAAGGUAUAACAACACGAAAGAGAAGUACCUGAGUGAAUACUGCUUUGCUGGUACAUACAUUUUUGUUCUCCUCAACAAGUUUCACUUCACAGAAGCCAACUGGAAGAACAUUCACUUUGUGGACCAGAUGGACGGCAACAGCAUCGGCUGGAGCUUGGGCUACAUGCUGAACCUGACCAACAUGAUCCCACCCGAGCAACCUCUGGUUCCACCUCUCCCCCACUCCACGUACGUCUUCCUGGUGAUCGUCUUCUCCCUGAUUCUGGUGAUGGUGGUCAUCACAGCCGUGUUUAUCUUUCUCAAGCCUUCGUUUUUCUGGAAAGACAUGGCAUAGAAGGUGCAGCUGAAGUGUGACUGGAGUGAAAGAAAACUUGCACAGAGGCAGUUUCCCCCACAGUAGGGUGCAAGGGCCGUUACUUCCUUGUUCACCAAGCCUAGUCCUGACCGCAUGAAGCUUCUCUGGCUAAAGCCUUUUUGUGAGAGAUGUUCACCAUCUUCUGCCUCAAGGAUUUCUGGCAGAUAUUGUCUCUUUUGUGAGUCUUUCCCAAUCCCCCUCUCCCCCUUGCUCUUUUGUGCUUGGUAGGUCUUAAGAGACCAACACCUUUUGUGGUCUUCACUUUAUAAUAGAGCAAUAUUGACUUUGUCCAGAAAACCUGAGCAUUCUGAGGCCUCUGCUGGGAAGUUAUGCUGGCUGAAAGAAGAAUCUCAGGAACUCUUGCAGACCCUUUCUCCUUUCCCCACUUAUUAAGAAAGCAAUCCAAUGACUUUGAAGAGGGCAGGCAUACAUCCCCCCCCCCCCCAGCCUGCUCUACAUGAGAGAAUUCUCUAGUCUAGGUAAAUGUGCUAAGGCCAAAGAGUUUUACAAAGGAAUUUAUGUGCUCAUACAGUUAAUCCAAUAUUUGAUGUAAUCCAAAACAGGGAUGUGGAUGAGUCACAUAUUCCUGGAUGAUGCCAAAAUGUUACAGAGAUUUUUUUAAAAGCUGAUGUAGAUAUAGCUAUUCAGUUAUCAGGGCACUCUACAUGCUAAGUGUAUACACAUCAGGAAGAAAAAUAGUUACAACUCAGGGUUGGAAAAGGUUACAACUCAGGGUUGAAUCUAUUGGAAUUGUGUUUUUAUUAUAGUAAAACACAUGAUAUAAAACUUAACCAAUUUAACAUGUGCAAUUCAGUGGCAUUUAGUACUUGCACAAAGUUAGGCAACCAUUAACCAUGCCUGCAGAAUAUUUUCAUCAUCAAGAAAUUGGCUAGAGACAAAAAUCGUUUCAAGUCGAUGACUUGAACCACUGACCAUUCAGUUUAUAGCAAAACAUGUUAAUAAAUAGCACCACAAAGAUGCUCAUUGAGUUUGUAGUAACAUGCUUUAAUGGCCCGGGUAUAAUUUAGUGAGAGAGCUUUAUUAAUAUACCUUUCUGUCAGUGUAUCAAAAUGGGCCAGGAACCAGAUAUGGAAGAGCUGUUACCAACCCUGUCAAAAAUGACUCUAUUUACUUAUUUCAUGGACUGUGUUGUGGGAGAAGCAGAAGCUGUGCUGUGGACCUUGUCAUGGAAACAUGAAGAAACCCUCUACUUCCUGCUGGAACUUACCCUGCCUGUUGAGCAGGAUGGAGAGGUGAUAUGUUACUCUGACCUUUCCCAAGCUAUCCAACUCUACCACUGUGCACUAACCAUUGAGCUGAUGGGGGUUGGAGGGAGAAUGGGGAGAAUAGGGAAAAGCUCACUCACAAACCCAAAAUCAGAAGUUUCUACAUCAUUUGAAAAAUUGAGUGAUUUUUGACAGGUCGACAUAAGCUUCACAAAGCUGUGGAUAGGAACAUUUUCUGCUACUCACAGUUGAACUUACUGUACAUUGAAUAGGAAGGAGAAGUCAAAUUAGAACAUUCUGGAACCUUUCUAGUGGGUUAUAUUUUGGUAACAAAUAUCUAUUGAGCAUUUGUUGUGUGCCAUUCUUCCUGCGCAAAUACAUUAUAUCAUUUUCUCAUUUAAUCUCCUCAACAAUCUGCAAGUAGCUACUUCUUUUUCUCUCUGACACAGAAAUUGAAACUCCGGAUGGUUCAAUCCCUUGUCCAAAUAGCUGAGCUGAAGCAUGGCAUCCACGUAACCAUUUUUUCUCACAAGUGUGAUAGGCCGUCUCCUUAUAACUUCUAAGUGCAUAUUUAAUUCUAUAUGAAUAUAGGGUUUAUGGCGCAUGCUGUAAAAGUUGGAAAGAAGGCUUGCUUACUGAUGGAUUUGUAAUUUAAUAUUGUCUUAAAUCCACAAAGACUGUCAUGGUAACACUGAUACAGUUUGAGAACUCUGCAUGUUCACAUGCAAUGUAUAAUGCUAAUCAAUGAUUUCUGUACUCCUAGUUUUUAAAUAUAUUGCUUUCUCACUGCACAGCAUUCCAAUAUCAAAUAACUAGUAGUUGAUGAUGAUGAUGAAAAUAAAAGGUCAAACAGAGUAAACAGCAGUUCCUUACAAAGAGAGUAAACAGCAGUUCCUUACUGCCUUAUGUCUGCAUAUACAAGUCAAUGGACAUUCUCUAUGUUGAUCCUAAAAACAAAAUGAAAGGAUGGCAGUAGUUUUAAUUUUACAAAUGAGGGUCACACAAACUAGUGUAUGACAGAGCUGUGUUUUUCUGCCCCAAGUUUAUUGCCUUUUGUUUGUAAACACUGCCCCUUCACAAGCCUCUUAGCUUACAUUUCCUUAAGUGAACACUGAAACCUUUGCUUACUCCACUUUUGUCCUGUUGCCUGGGUAAAAAAAAAAAAAAAAAAAAUUCUUAGAGUAUCUGGGGACCGAAUUUCACUUGUUACUGAAGCCAUGAAGAUAAUUAGUAGAUACAACCUAAUUUCAUAUAUGUUGAAGGGAGAGUUGGUUUUGAGGCAGAUCCAGGAAUUCCCUUUGGACCAUUCUACAUAAGGCAGGCCUGAUAAUAGGGUCACUAUGUCAUUUUAAUGUUGGAUUGGCUAUUGUUUAUAGAUGAUUACUGUUUCUUUCUGGACUUUUACCCAAACUUGGUACCAGUGACUCCAUUCAUUUAAAAGAUAGGAAUUUUUUUUUCUAUGAACCCUUGAAUGAGGGUCAGGGAAUCAGCAGAAAUGGUUAUAGCUAUAAACAGAAGAAUGAAUUUACUUGAUUAAGUUGUAUGUUUCAUAUUACCCCAUUCUUAAAUUAAGAACUAUGAUAUAAAUAAAAGUUUUUAAAAAGCAUAUUUCAUUUUAAUGUGUUAAUCAAGAUCUCUAAGAAAAAGAUGGUACAAUCAAACUAGCUAAGGAGAAUUUAAUAGUGUCUAUAUCUAAAAUAUUUCAACAUGUAAUUAGUAUAAAAACAUCAGAUAUUUUUUUCAUAUUAAGCUUUUGAAACAUGUUGUGUAUCUUCACACUUAUAACACUUCUCACUGAAGACUAGUUAUCAUUUCAAGUGCUCAGUAACAUGUGUGAUUAGUGGGUACCUGAUGGGACAGUGUAUGUCUAAAAGUACACCCAAAAUAUAUCAGAAGACAAGGGCAAUCUUUGUCCUUUUAGGGGGGGCAUUUAAAAAAAUACCUAUAGAUGUUUUAACACUCUUGCUGUUACUACUUUUAUAUGAAGUUUAACAUGAUUCUUAAACACAUGUUUAAGAUCCUCAGGUUUUAUUGCCUUUUUUUCUUUGAAUGCGUGAAGGUAGCAAUGUAUGUUAUUCUAGCGAUGUGUGUUACUACCAUUAAAAUAUCUUCCCACUUAUUGUCAGUUUGAAAUAUAACCUGAAUUUUACCCAA